UCAUAAUGUUGUCACUGUCAUUUGAUCGAAAGUGGAAACUUUGUUUCCGUGUUGUUAUGACGAAUCCUAAACUAAUUUAAAAGUUUCAACUUACAUAAAUAAAAUUCAGUAACAAAGAUCAUAAGUACUAGCAAUGGCAACGUUAAAGUCUGAUUUGGAUGAGUACUUAUUACAAAAUGAAAAUCGACGCAGCUACAAAAUAAGUUUACCAUUUUCUACUCCAAGUUUCUUCUCCCGAAGUAAUGAUGAGACGCCAACAAGUACCAGCACAACAAGCACAUGGUUUGAAAACGUUCAAAAAGAGUAUUUUACUCUGAGCCGAACACAACGUUUCAUGGGAUUUGGCAUAUGUUUAUUUUUUGGCUUUCUUUGUUUUAUAUUAUCAUUUUUAUACAUACCUGUACUACUAUUACAAGCAAGAAAGUUUGCCCUCCUAUUUUCUUUGGGUAGUCUUUUUUUCAUUCUAAGUUUCAGUUUUCUGUAUGGGCCGUGGUCUCACUUGAAAUCAUUAUUCACCAAAGAAAGAGCACUCACGACCUCCCUUUAUGGGUUUACAUUGUUUGCGACACUUUACUGUGCAUUGCAUUUACAAAGUACACCACUGACUGUGAUCUGUGCUGUCGGCCAAGUGUUAGCGUUGAUGUGGAUGAUGCUUGGCUCUAUCCCUGGAGGCUCGUCGGGGAUGAGAUUCUUUGGAAGCAUGUUUAAGUCGUCGGUCUCAAACACACUGCCCAUAUAACAGCUAGUUGAACACAUUUUUAAUGUGUCCAAUUAUUUCUACAUCUACUACAUGGGAAGGUGUCAGCUAUGUGAUAAUAAAUAUUGUUUUAUAUACAAAUACUAUACCUACUAGUUUAAAAUUAAUGUAAGACAGUACAUUUUGUCAAUUCCUCGUAACCAAUUUAUAUUUUCAUAAUACAAGUGGCUGAGAAAUUAUUAAUUGAAUGUGCAAAUGACAUUUUUUUGCAGAAACACACAGUAUACAUUUUUAUAUACACAACAAAAAAAAUUAAAGUUUUACAAAACAAAAAUUUGUAUUGUGAAUUAAAUAAAUUUGUAAAUAUAUAUUAGUCAAUAUUAUUUCUUUAUCUCAUUGUUCAUUAUUUUAAUAAACAUAUCAGAGUAACACUAAAUACUUUAACAGGCAGCAAACAUUACUCCCAAGGCAUUCAUUAAUACAACGGAAUCACAAACACAAUUUUUAUUUUCCAGCCACAUCACAUUGUUAGCAUGUUUUUGAUAUUCUAGUACUAUUUUAUAUUGCUCUAUUAGACGCAACGUGUACAAAUGACCUUUUAAUUCCCAUUUAAUAUUUUUUAAACGAAGCGCAUGAUAUUUUUUAUAUAAAGUUCCUGAAAUAUGAAAGCUAAUUUUAUAUUAAAGAUUAAAUCAUAAA